CAUCCAUAGAUACGCACAAAGAUGAAUAGCCAGAGGAAGAAAAAAGGUCCAUUCGCCGGCGAAAUGGCGCUCAAGCUGAGACGCACUGCCACCCCUCUCGCUACCUCCGUCGCGCUCCCUCUCCGCCGCCUCUGCACCGCCGUCCUGGACGGCGCCGCCUCCGCCUCCGGCGACCACCUCCCGACCCUCGAGCCGUCGGGCGACGCCGAGUCGAUAUCCCAGAUCCUGCUCCACCACCACAACCCCUUCCACGCCAUGGAGUCGUCGCUCCAGCUCCACGGCGUCUCCCUCUCCCCUCCCCUCCUCCACCAAACCCUCCUCCGCCUCCGCCACAGCUCCAAGAUCGCUAUCGCCCUCUUCGACUACGCCAAGUCCAUCCCCGACCCGCCUCUCACCUCGACGUCCUACAACCUCCUCAUCGACAUCCUCGCCAAGGUGCGGCAAUUCGACGCCGCUUGGCAGCUCAUCGUCGAGAUGGACCAGAGCAACCUCAGUCCGACGACCGCCACUUUCUUUAUCCUCAUACGGAGGUUGGUCGCGGCCGGGCUCACGCGCCAGGCCGUGCGCGCGUUCGACGACAUGGGUAGCUUCGUUGAGCAUGGAGCAGGUAAUAAGGAUUACUAUUACUUGCUUGACACGCUUUGCAAGUAUGGGUACGUGAAAGUGGCCGUGGAGAUUUUUAACAAGAGGAAGUCUUGUAGGGUUUUUGACCCAGAUGCUAAAAUGUAUACAAUCUUGAUUUAUGGGUGGUGCAAGAUUGGCAGGAUAGACAUGGCGGAGAGGUUCUUGAAUGAUAUGAUAGAGCGUGGGGUCGAGCCUCAUUUGGUGACGUACAAUGUGUUGUUGAAUGGGAUUUGUAGGAGAGCGAGUUUGCAUCCGGAUGCGAGGUUCGAGAGGACGUUGAGAGCUGCUGAUAAGGUGUUUGAUGAAAUGCGCGACAGAGGGAUCGAGCCUGACGUGACUAGUUAUUCCAUUGUGUUGCACGUGUAUAGUAGGGCUCAUAAGCCGCAGUUAUUGCUCGAUAAGAUGAAGAUGAUGAGGGAGAGUGGAAUUAGCUUGAGCGUGGCGACAUAUACUUCUGUCGUUAAAUGUCUCUGUUCGUGCGGGAGGAUCAAUGAUGCCGAGGAGUUGCUUGAGGAGAUGGUGAGGAAUGGGGUGAGUCCAUGUGCUGCAACGUAUAAUUGCUUCUUUAAGGAGUAUAGGGGAAGGAAAGAUGUUGACAAUGCGCUAAAGUUGUAUCGGAAGAUGAAGGAGGAUAAUGUCUGUGUGCCCACUAUGCAUACCUACAACAUUCUCAUAGCCAUGUUUGUGAAGUUAGAUAACAUGGGGAUCGUGAGGGAAAUUUGGGAGGAUAUGAAGAGAAAUGGUAUGGGGCCAGAUCUAGAUUCCUAUACCUUAUUGAUUCAUGAGUUGUGCGUGAAGCAGAAAUGGAGGCAAGCUUGUACGUUCUUUGUGGAGAUGAUCGAGAAGGGCUUUCUUCCUCAAAAGGUUACCUUUGAGACACUUUACAGAGGCUUGAUUCAAUCUGACAAGUUGAGAACCUGGAGAAGAUUGAAGAAGAAGCUUGAUGAGGAAUCCAUAACAUUUGGAACUGAAUUUCAAAAUUAUCACCUCAAGCCCUAUAGAAGAUAAGACAUGUCUUGCAACAAAAGGGUUUUGAUCUUUGAGGUUUAUCAACCAUCGGCUUCAUUCUUCUUGCUCAGUCAUACAUGGAGCAUAGAAAUUUCUAGAUUGUGGUUUCUUACACUGAUUUUGGGAGUGAAGCUGAUAGUUGACCACACUGGCUAUAUUUAUAUUUCCCAAGAUAAUUAUGUGUGCCAACAAGUUGCGGUCGCAGUUGUUUACUUUGAUCUCAAGGGGACCGAGAAGCGCUCUCCACUCUAAAGAGGUCACAGCAAUGGUGCUGCUUGGGAUGAAGGUCAUUCUGCUUUCUGUCAAGGCACUUUUGAAAUGGAUCAGUGGUGGCAAAGCGGCAUGAAUAGGAAGAUGGAGGCUUUAAAUUUCCAGAUGGUAUUUUGUAUGGUGUAAAAUUGUCCCCUGUGGUUGAUUGUUCAAACGGAGAGCUAAAUGUGGAAACUAUGACUGUGAAGGGUUGGUUGUUUUGAACAUUAUGAUUUGCAGAACUAUGGGAAUAGGAAUGAUGGGGAAAUUUUGGUUUGAUGCAAUUGAGUUCACUGUCAAAGACUCAUCAAUUAACGUUGGUGGUGUUGCAAAUCGACGACACCUUGUAGUUUCUUCGAGAUUUUAUUUACGCAGCCUGUCUCUCAACAGUGCAAUAGAGUGGGCACUUACUGUAUGCGAGUGGCUUUGAGUGUUUUAUGGUAACGUAGGAUGAACAGGAAGACAAAGAUGCAGAUUGGUGUGGUCGGAUCAAAUUGCGAUUGUUGUGCGAAUGUUGUGGCCUCACUCUGUUAGCUGACAUUCCGAUUCAUUGUGACGAUUGUUGCACGUCCAACUUUUGUAGAGCUUUGAAUCUGGUCGUUCAGGCUUGUUUGAUUCAAUCGAAUGGAAAUGGAGGGUCCAUAGUGUAGAUGUGGAAGGAAGGUAUUGUCUUGGAGAGAAGCUAACCCCCGCAAGGCUAUUUCAAGCAAGUCAAAGAAUUGGCGUGGAAAUUGUGGCUUCUUCAACUAGAUUGAUCCCCCACAUUGGAGAUGACAACUCUCGCCGAAUUAUCUCUAGGCUCUUGCGAAGAACAAGAUCGAUUGAAGCCGACCUUUAAUAAAGCAAAAUGCAAGAGAAGAUUAUGUCGGAUGGACUGAUAGUUUCAUGGUUGAUAAUAUACUAUCUUUUCUGGCCUAAUGAAGUUGUUUCUACUAAGACUAAUGGGGUUGCGAUUGCUCGCUGUUGUAAUGUUUUGGGGUUGUGAAGAGGUGUCUUUUAGAGCUUUAGACCAGAGGUUGCAAUAUGAGGUGUCAUUAGUGGAUGUGAUAAGUGGGACUUUUUUU